AUGGCGGCAGGCUACAAUGAGCGGAAAUCAAAAGCUAACGUGACAGUUGAUUGGAUGGCGUACCAAGGGGCUCCAGUGGGUGGUGUUGCCGGGGAAGUACGGAUAUCACAAUGGUGGACUGGGACGACUUGUAAAUCUGUCAAUUUUCCAUCGGGAAAGUUUUCAGUGACACCUUCAGUGUUUGUUACCGCAGCGCACUAUCGUGCAGGACUCAAGCGUGACGCUGCGAGUGUGUGGAUUGAAGACGUCACGCAAUCCUCGUUUAAAGUUUGUUUGAGAGAGCUUCAGAACUACGCAGGAUCUCACGACGAUGUUUAUGCUGUAAGUGUCUACACCUUUUUUAUGUACCAAACAUUAGAAAUUAGCAGUUUUAGGUUCUGGGCUCCACAGCAACCAAACAACUGGAACAACGGAGACUGUGUGCACACUCUUGGCGUGAGGCAUGGAUACACUUGGAAUGACGUGCCAUGCGAUAAAUGCUUCAACUUUACUUGCUUUACAGAUUUGGAGGAAUGCUCCACCAACACUCAUAACUGUGACGUGAAUGCAGAUUGUGUGAAUACCGUGGGCUCAUAUUCCUGUAAGUGUAGAGCUGGAUAUACCGGAGACGGACAAACUUGUAAUGACAUAGAUGAGUGCUCUUCAAACUCUCAUAACUGUAAUGCGAAUGCUGUUUGUAACAAUACUCGUGGAUCUUACACUUGCGCGUGCAAACCUGGAUACUCAGGAGAUGGCAAAAAUUGCACUGAUAUCGAUGAGUGUGUCAGCGGUGUACACGACUGCCACCGUUCAGCUUCAUGUACUAACACUGUAGGAUCCUACACAUGUACGUGUAACCAUCCUUUAUCAGGAGACGGAAAAACCUGCAGGUACACCGCUGCAGCGGGUGUUAACUAUUCCAGCAUUGUGGGAAACAGCCAGAAUUUUUUGACACGGCUGGAUAAAUGGUUAAAGCCUGUGACUCGCCAAUCUUCUUACUGGAAUCGCUGUUACCAGGCAACUGUUAAUGGCUGGUCUUCCUCUACCUUCCAUUCAAAGUGUGACGGCAAAGGUCCAACUAUCACAAUCAUCCGCGUUGGGAAAUAUAUUUUUGGAGGAUACACAAGUGUGUCAUGGAGUUACGGUUGUUCAUGGCACUACGAUUCAGCAGCCUUUCUCUUCUCAUUGGUUAACAAGCCAGGUUGGCAGCCACUAAAGCUAGACCAAACAGGAAUGUAUAGUUACCGGAGAACCUAUUCCAUCUUCAGCUGCUCCGAUCGUGGACCAUCAUUUGGACAAGCACACGACAUUUACAUUGCCAGCAACGCUGGAUCAAACACCAAUUCUUACGCCUCAGGCCUUGGAUACACCUACAGCCCGCCAGCUGGCAACAGCUAUGGAUCCUCCUUCACACAAUCUUUCCUGGCAGGUACUCCCUCCUUCCGACCUGACGAAGUCGAAGUCUUCUAUGAAACUAAAAUUAGCAGUUUUAGGUUCUGGGCUCCAAAGCAACCAAACAACUGGAACAACGAAGACUGUGUGCACACUCUUGGCGUGAGGCAUGGAUAUACUUGGAAUGACGUGCCAUGCAAUAACUGCUUCAACUUUACUUGUUCUACAGACCUGGAUGAGUGCACUACCAACACUCAUAACUGUGACGUGAAUGCAGAUUGUGUGAAUACCGUGGGCUCAUAUUCCUGUAAGUGUAGAGCUGGAUAUACCGGAGACGGACAAACUUGCAAUGACAUAGACGAGUGCUCUUCAAACUCUCAUAGCUGUGAUGUGAAUGCUGUUUGUAACAAUACUCGUGGAUCUUACACUUGCGCGUGUAAACUUGGAUAUUCAGGAGAUGGCAAAAAUUGCACUGACAUAGACGAGUGCUCUUCAAACUCUCAUAGCUGUGAUGUGAAUGGCGUUUGUAACAAUACUCGUGGAUCUUACACUUGCGCGUGCAAACCUGGAUACUCAGGCGAUGGCAAAAAUUGCACUGACAUAGACGAGUGCUCUUCAAACUCUCAUAGCUGUGAUGUGAAUGCUGUUUGUAACAAUACUCGUGGAUCUUACACUUGCGCGUGUAAACCUGGAUAUUCAGGCGAUGGCAAAAAUUGCACUGAUAUCGAUGAGUGCGUCAGCGGUGUACACGACUGCCACCGUUCAGCUUCAUGUACAAACACUGUAGGAUCCUACACAUGUACAUGUAACCAUCCUUUAUCAGGAGAUGGAAAAACCUGCAGGUACACCGCGGCAGCGGGUCUUAAAUAUUCCAGCAUUGUGGGAAACAGCCAGAAUUUUUUGACAUGGCUGGACAAAUGGUUAAAGCCUGUGACUCGCCAAUCUUCUUACUGGAAUCGCUGUUACCAGGCAACUGUGAACGGCUGGUCAUCCUCUACCUUCCAUUCAAAGUGUGACGGCAAAGGUCCAUCCGUCACAAUCAUUCGUGUUGGAAAACAUAUUUUUGGAGGAUACACAAGUCUCUCAUGGAGCUCCAGUUGUUCAUAUCACUACGAUUCAGCAGCCUUUCUCUUCUCAUUGGUUAACAAGCCUGGUUGGCAGCCACUAAAGCUAAAUCAAAGAGGACAGUAUAGUUAUCAGAGAAAACAUUCCAUCUACAGCUGCUCUGAUCGUGGACCAUCAUUUGGACAAGGACACGAUAUUUACAUUGCCAACAACGCUGCAUCAAACACCAACUCUCACGCUUUAGACCUUGGAUACACCUACAGCCCGCCACCUGACAACAGCUAUGGAUCCCCCUUUACACAAUCAUUCCUGGCGGGUAGUUACUACUUCCGACCUGACGAAGUCGAAGUCUUCUAUGAAACUACUUGAAGAAAUCGCGGAGCUUGGAGUCUUAGUUUUACACGCCCUGUUCAGUAAAAUUAAACCUUUGCAAAUAUAUUUAAGCAAUAGACCACAAG